AUGGUACCACGUGGAAGCUGCGACCACGAUUUAAACCUUGCGAUUACCAUUUUCAAUGACAAGCUUAAAGCAAGCCUAUCUGAUAUGAAUCACAGACUCUUCAACACUUCUUUUUUAUACUCCGACUACUUCAACUUCAUGUUAGAGCUACGUGGACCUUCAUUUGAUCAAGCUAGUUCGAAUCUAUUGAACACGACAAGCCCAUGUUGUCCUGAGGCUUAUGAUGGAGGGUUAACAUCAGCUACUUGUUUGCCAAUUUCAACCGCCUGUAAGGAACCUGACAGAAAAAUGAUUGUCUUUGCUGAAGAGAUGGUUUCUGUUCAAGAAGGGGAGGAUACACAAUUUGCUAAACAGCAAACUCGAUCGAAUCAGCCUCUAGAACAAGGGUAUGCUCAGAAGGGCAACUACCAAAGCUCCCAAGGGACUUUCCCUGGACAACAAAUGCACAUACCACCUGGUUUUCCUCACCAACCACCUCAGCCUGCACCUAACCAAGAGCCUAAGUUGAGAGCCAUGUUGAAGCAGCUGCUACAAGCUCAAGCUGAUGGUGUUAUGGAGACAAGCAAGAAGCUAGCUGAUAUAAACUCAAAGAUUGAGUCCUUGAACACAAGAGUUCAGACCUUGGAGUACCACACUUCUUCUGCUGCUGCUAAACAAGGGCAACUACCUGGAAAGCCUGUUCAGAAUCCGAAAGAGCAUUGUAAAGUGAUCUUCACUCAAGAAGAAGGAUUUGAUCAAACAAGCUGA